AUGCAAUGGCUCUUCCGUGCGUGUCGUCUCUCAGAUUCAACUAUUCUCUCCUGUUCUCUUCCACAAAUCCUAGCUCCUCUUCUUCCUGUUCCGAGGAAAUUAAAUAAAUUAGUAUCUGGUAAUCGGAAGAAUCUCCGUAGUUCUUCAGCGAAGGCUGUCUAUUCCGGUGAAGUUUGGGCGGCCGGAAAGAGUUCACCGCGGGGUAUUUGGUCCAUUAGGGAGGACUUGCAAGUUCCAUCUUCCCCAUACUUGUUGGCGUCCGCGCAAGGAGGACAAGGACCGCCUCCGAUGGUGCAAGAGCGGUUCCAGAGUGUUAUCAGUCAACUUUUUCAAUAUAGAAUAAUACGUUGUGGAGGAGCUGUUGAUGAUGAUAUGGCAAACAUUAUAGUUGCUCAGCUUCUCUAUCUUGAUGCUGUUGAUCCUAACAAGGUCUGUUUCAUUCAUUUAUAUAAAAUUUUGGAUUGUGCCGAUGGAAAAAUCUUUUGUUUUAUUGAUAUUCCUGAAUUUUCCUUAAACUCAACUGUGUUGUCAUCUUUCAUGCUUGAUUGUAUUCCAAAAUCUCCUCUAAACUCAACUGUCGGCAACUACUUGGGGUAAGUUUUGUUGUGUUGAGUUGAGAUGAGCAGGUUUCUUAUAUAAAUUGAAAACCUCUAAUGAAAUAAAGAAAAAUAACAGUCUCAUAUCAUGAAAUGGUAAAAUCAUUAUGCAGGGUAAACAGUGGUGACUUAAUGGCCUGUUCUUUGUUUUUAGUUUUUUUACAUCUAUUAUGCAUGGAACCUCAAAAUGCAGCCCUACUCAACUAGUUUACAAUAUUGAGGCUUGAGAACAAUUUUUUUUUUAUGUGUACUGCUGGUUGUUUUUAGUUUUUUUUACAUCCAUUAUGUAAGUCUACAUGGAACCUCAAAAUGCAUCCUUACUCAACUAGUUUGCAAUAUUGAGGCUUGAGAACAUUUUUUUUUGUUUGUGUACUGGUGGUGAUUAUUUUUAAAAAUCUUUCAGUUUAGUCAUUAUUAAGUUGAAUGUUAGGUGGGACUGGUUUAUAUAUAGACCCGCUAUAAGGAAAAUCUUGCAUGUGGCUGCUCUUAGAGUCGAACCUACUAUCUUGUGGUUGCUAGCGAGAGUGUUCUAACAUUUCUCUUGGAAUUACUCUAAUUAAUUUUAAUUUUACUUAAGACUUGUAAAUAAAAAUUCUCAAGGUUAUAUAAAGCAAUGAAGAAAUAGUCUUUUGCUAGCAUACAAUAUUGCUUUAGGGCUUCUCAAGUUGGUGUUUGGAUUGAAUUUUUUUGUGAGAGUUUUCCUACCUCUCGUUACUAGAAUUAUAUUAUGAUUAGACCAUACUGCACUUAUUGUAGUCAUCCUCCUCGGAUCCGUUCCGCACUCCCUCCAAAACAACCUACCAGUACACGGUUUUUUUUUCCUCUGGUUUCUGAAAAAAACAGACUGUCAUUCUGAUUUGAAUUUUUAAGGAGUGAAAGGUCGUUGUAGAUGUGAUACACAAACCACAUCUGACCUGAUAUUUUGUGCAGGAUAUUGUCAUGUGUGUCAACUCUCCAGGAGGAUCAGUUACAGCUGUUAACCUUUUUAAAAAAAAACUACUGCUUUGGCUUUCGGUGUUGAUACUGUUCUAUAUAAUGGGUGUGAACUCAUAUAACUGCUCUGUUUCUUUAUAAAUUAUUAAAUUCCACUUGGUUUCCUUUGAUCUUCUUAGGUAUGGCAAUAUUUGACACCAUGAGGCAUAUCCGACCUGAUGUUUCGAGUGUAUGUGUUGGACUUGCGGCUAGCAUGGGUGCUUUCCUGCUCAGUGCUGGCACCAAAGGAAAGAGAUAUAGCCUUCCAAACUCAAGGAUAAUGAUACAUCAGCCUCUUGGUGGAGCACAAGGUGGACAGCGGACAUAGAUAUUCAGGUAUGUGAUUGUCCAUCGUUUCUUACUAGGGCUUGUUGUUGAUUUGUCUGUUACGUAAAGGGUAUCUAUUUAAGAUAGCAGACACAUUAAAAUGCCUGUGAUCUUCAGAAAAAUUAGACGCGUAGACACGUUUUGAGGAAGUAUGCUGUUUGUAAAUAUGGACAUUCUUGAGGGCAUUGUGGGCAGCAAUUUGUAUUGAACUAGUCCCAUUUUUCUUUAAAUCAGCUUGUCAGUUGCCCCCCCCCCCCC